CUCGCCGCAAAUUCAGUUUCAAUUUGAAGUGCCACAAACAACAAAGUGGAUAAAUAUGAUACAACAGACACAUCAAAGUUUCGGUUGCCGUUUGAUCAAAUGGUUCUAUGUGGUAUUAAUUGUCCAGACCCUAUUGUGUAUUGGCCAACUGGAAUGUCGUCAGCAGCAGCAUCAUAAUCGCAAUAAUAAUAAUCAAAAAAAUCAGAAUAACAAUCGUCGAGCGGAUACAUCCAGCUCGGAGGAGAAUACCAGCGAUGGCAUUGAUAAUUUUACAGAGAAUGAUAGUAGCAUUGGCCAGCAACAUGUACCACGACGUGGUCAAAGGAAGAAACAGCAGGGCAAUGGCAAUGGUAAUGGCAAUGGCAAUGGAUCUGGCAAUCGGCACAAUCGUCUCGAAGAGAAUGGCAUCUCCUUGUGGCUAAAUGAACAGCAACUGAAAAUGCUAAGCGCCAUCUAUUUUCCGGAGGGCUAUUCGGAUCGCAUCUAUGCCAUACAUAAUAGUCGUGUUACCCAUGAUCUGAGGGAUACAUCGAUUUACAAUUAUCUGGUUAUACCAUCUGAGGUGAAUUAUGUGAAUUUCACAUGGAAAUCGGGUCGUCGCAAGUAUUUCUAUGAUUUUGAUCGUCUACAAACUAUGGAUGAUAGCAUUUUAAAGGCUCCAACUUUGUCGAUACGUAAAAGUGGACGGAUACCGCAGGAGCAGAAAAAUUUUAGCAUAUUUCUGCCCUGCACUGGCAACAGCUCGGGCACAGCAUCCUUCAAUGUCGGCCUCAAGAUACAGAAUCGCAACAACAAGCCGCUCUCGGGCACACCCAUUCGUCUGAACUUCAAAAAGGAAUGCGCACAUAGAGGUGUGUAUGAUAUAGACGCUUCCAACCCUACUUCACUAACAACUUUGCAAGCUCCCGAUCCAGAAUGCAGUUUGAAAUGCGGCAAGAACGGUUAUUGCAACGAGCACAAUAUCUGCAAGUGCAACGUGGGCUACACUGGCGCCUAUUGUGAGACGGCCUUCUGUUUGGCCCAGUGCCUCAAUGGUGGCAAUUGCACAGCUCCCUCUGUCUGUACCUGCCCCGAGGGCUAUCAGGGCACCCAGUGUGAAGGUGGUAUUUGCAAGGAAAAGUGCUUGAAUGGCGGCAAAUGCAUACAAAAGGACAAAUGCCAGUGCUCGAAGGGAUAUUAUGGCCUACGCUGUGAAUAUUCCAAAUGUGUGAUUCCCUGCAAGAAUGAGGGACGCUGCAUUGGCAACAAUAUGUGCCGCUGUCCCAAUGGCCUACGCGGAGAUCAUUGCGAAAUUGGUCGCCGGCAGCGUUCCACCUGCAAAUGUCGCAACGGCACCUGUGUCUCCAAUAAGAAAUGUAAAUGCCAUCCUGGUUUCUAUGGUCGUCAUUGUAAUGGUCGCAAACGACGUAUCCUUCAAUAGGCCAAGAGAAGAGGAGAGAGAGACAACAAGAGAGAGAGAGAGAGAGAGAGAGAGAGAGAGAGAGAUCAUGGCGCGGCGGAGGAAAGCACCCGCGCCCAGACAGUCUAUUGUAAUAUUCCAUUAAACUUGCAACUUUUCUAUCAAAAAUAUGGACCAACAUAAUACUAAUUGUGAUACAAAUUUUUGUGUAAUUUAACCGUUUUUUUUAAAUAAAAACAAAAUCCAA